AUGGUUUCAAUAGAAUUGAAUGAUUUAGAUGAUGUGAAUAAGCCCUUCAUUCCUCAGGAACCAUUGAUGGAGAAGUACUCCGUGGAAUUCGAAGGGUCCACUAUUUACAUAGAUUCUUUGGACUGGAGAAAAAGUACCCGUUUAAAGAUCCAAAUCAUAGUAUCCUUAAUCAACUUCAUCCUUUUUGGAUUAGCUGAACAAAGUGUAGGUACUUUGAUACCAAUCCUUCAGAAACAAUAUCAUGUCAAUGACAUGCAAACGGCCUGUAUCUUCUUAUCAUCAAUAUCGGGGUAUAUCCUUAUGGGGAUGCUUAAUGGCUAUACCCAUGAUAAGGUAGGACUUAAAGGGAUUUUGAUGAUCGGGACAGCAGCUAUGGUCCUAGGGUAUGGGACUUUUUCUACCGCACCACCGUUUUUCAUUCUCGUGGUAUUUGCUACCUGUAAUGGAAUCGGUUGUGGGGUGUUAGAUGCCGCAUGUAAUACAUGGAUUGGUUCAUUGGUGGACUCCAAUCAAAUUUUGGGGCUUCUUCACGGAUGUUAUGGUUUGGGGUCGAUGUUAUCACCAAGUUUGAUCAGUUACCUCAUUGAAAGGGAAGUUAAUCCCUGGAAAUGGAACCAGUACUAUUUGAUAUUGUGUGGGUUGGCUUUAUCUAUGUUCACCACAUCUUUUUUUGCUUAUAAAUAUGAGACGGCUGCUAAGUAUAAGUACGUGACCAAGCUUAAGAUGGAGAAGGAAGUGGCAGAAGCUGCUGAAGCUGGCCUUGAUGCCGAUUCUGAUGACACUCCUGGUAUUCAAGCUCCCCUUAGUCAGGUGAUGAAGAAACCUUUGGUUUGGGUACUUUCAUCUAUCCUUUUCAUCUAUGUCGGGGCAGAGGUAGGAUUCGGGGCGUGGUUGAUCUCUUUCCUCACCAGAAUCAAUCACCUCCCCUUUGGCCAGUCUUCUCAUAUCGCCACUACCUUCUGGUGUGGACUUAUGAUGGGUCGAACAACGUUAGGGUUUGUCACAGCCCAUUAUUUCUCCACAGAGCUUAGUGCAAACUUCACUUACAUCUCGUUAUCGGUAUUGGGGUACACAUUGUUCUAUAUCUUCUCCUUCACCAAGUUUGUGCCAUUAAUAUUCAUCAUUGUAGCGUUCACAGGUUAUGUUGUGGGACCUAUCUUCCAGACCACCAUAGUAGCAUCCAUAGGGAUCCUUCCAUCGUCGUUCCACACUUCGGGAGUGGGAUUUAUCUGUGCUAUUGGAGGUUCAGGAGCAGCAGGAAUUCCUUUCUUGGUGGGGGUGAUUGCCCAAUCCAGUAAGACGGGAUUAAGGGUGUACCCAUUAGUGAUACUUGGUCUUUAUGUGAUUCUUUGGGGGUUAUGGAUGUACAUUGUCAGGAGGUUUAGUGGAAGUUACCGGAAGGCACAGUAG